AUGGGUCAAGUGGCGUCAAUACCACGAAAGAGUGGAGUCUACGUUUUGGAGCUUCAUGAAUGGUAUAGAAAAUUUGUCCAGGAAUGCCCCAGCGGUCUCAUCACCCUUCAUGAAUUUCGAAAGUAUUUCUGUGACUGUACGGUAGGAAAUGAAUCCUCAGAAUAUGCUGAACAGAUAUUCCGAGCACUGGAUAACAAUGGGGACGGCAUUGUGGACUUCCGGGAAUAUGUCACCGCAAUCAGUAUGCUUGCUAAUGGGACUCCUGAGGACAAACUCAAGUGGUCCUUUAGGUUAUAUGAUAAAGACAAAGAUGGAGCCAUCACCCGCUCUGAGAUGUUGGAGAUCAUGAAGGCGGUGUAUAAAAUGAGUGUCGCUGCUUCAAUAGCAAAGGUCAAUCCACUGACAGCAGAAGAAUGCACAAAUCGCAUUUUUAUUCGUCUGGACAAAGACCAUGAUGCUAUUAUCAGUCUUCAGGAGUUUGUGGAUGGUUCUAUGGACGAUGACUGGAUUCGGGAGAUGCUGGAAUGUGACCUUAGCACCUUGGAAAUACAGAACUUGCCGAAGAGCAGUCAGCUGCAUGCAAUGUCCUCUAGAGAAAGCAUGUUCAGUACCCAUCAGUAGCCCCGCAUGAAAGCCACACACACAUCAGGUUUCCUAAAAUCCCUCUUUUUAUUCAAACUAACGUAAAACUUGUCCCUUCAGGGUUUGGCAUGUGGGACAAUCCAGCAAAAAUGGAACUGUUGGCAAGUAUGACUCCUCCAUAUGUUUAUUUGUAUGUACAUACGUACUAAAAACAAAUGAAUUGACUGGCCCUCCCCUGAACUAAUGUUCAUAUAUAGUAGAGUCAGGGUUUGGUCACACAAUGGAUUUUUAUCCUGAGAAAAUUAAUUGUGGAAUCCGAGGCAGAAAUCCAAGUUUAUGUAUUUUGGUGGACUUGCAGCAUGUAUGGGUUAUGGCGCUAAUCUAAAUCCAGGCAUGUAUUUUGCGUCAAAGAUGUCACAUGUCACCUCUUUUUUUCCCCACAAAAAUUAAUUUAUUAUCUGCAUGAGAUAAAUUUGUGCCAUAGUUCACAGUGUGGGAAUCAUCACUAAACACAAUGUGAAGAGGAUUCUCGCAGU